UAUUAUUUGGAUGACGCGCCGCCAGUCUUGGGUCAUCCUUCUCUCCGGAUUAAAUUCUAUUUGCAAGGAUAAGACAGGUGGUGGGUGGCCAGAGUCAGCUGGUGGCUGAGCUGACACUGCUGCACUGGAGUAACUAAUGACUUGUCUUUUCCUCGGUUCAGAUUGCUUAAUGGUUCAUGUGUGAAGAAGAGUUCAGCGAUAUCUGAUUAGGGUAAUACAGGUACUCAGAGUAGGAUGUACAAGACACUUGCACAAGCAGUUUCAUUUUUCUCGCUCCUCUGCUGCUCCUCAACCUCCCAUAUAUGCAAGGGUGUUGAAGAUGAGAUCCCAUUAAACCGUCUUUCUACCAAGACUUCAUAUUUUAAUGCAGAAAAAGAUAAAAGCCACUGGGAAAAAUUUAACAAUGAAGUGUGGGGCUGCACAGCUCAGCAAAUGUGGCUCCUCAACCGCCAUGGUACUCGCUACCCAACGAAGAAUGAUAUGGGCAAGCUGUUGAGCAUAUUACCAAGUAUGAGCCAGCAGAUAGAAGCAAAUCAUCAACAAGGGAGAGGUUGUUUAAAUCAAGAUGAUAUAAGCCAGUUAGGCAGUUGGUUUCCUCCCUAUGGACCACACGACAAGGAGCAGCUGCAGGAGAUGGGUUACGAUGAGCUCACUUCCAUUGGCGAGUACUGGAGAGAUAUGUUUCCACAUCUUUUCAACGUGACAUAUGAUCCUGCCAAGUUCAAGGUGGAGUUUACUGUAAAGAACCGUACUGGUCAGAGUGCUUACCACUUCCUGAAAGGCAUGUUUGGAGAUGAUGUGGUUGGAAAUAUAGAAUUUCCAGAGCCAUUUAGUCCAAACUUCAUACUGAGAUUCUACAAAGCAUGUCCUCGCUGGUUGCGUGAAGUAUAUAGGAACAGUGAGACGACAUACAAAGAGCGAACAUUAUUUACUCACUCCGAAGUGUUCCAGAGUGUUGCCCAUGCUGUGAGCGCCAGACUUGGGUUCAUGCAUCCACUUAAACCAGGAGAAAUUGAGGCAAUUUACGAUGAGUGCCGCUAUGAAACAGCUUGGUGGCCUUCUCAGAAAAGUGCAUGGUGUUCAGCUUUCUCCCACUAUGACUUUGAGGUCAUGGAAUAUCAUCAGGACUUAAAAUAUUAUUAUGAGGACAGCUAUGGCCAUCCCCUCAACUCGAAGACCGCUUGUAGGACCCUGUGUGAUCUUUACAAUAACUUCAGGAUGACUAUCAGCAAAGGGGAGGCCAAGCCACAAGGGAUAUUUUAUUUUGCACAUGACAAAACUAUAUUUAAGGUUCUGGCUAGUAUGGGAUUAUAUCAUCCUCCUGAACACUUGAGGCAUGACAAUUUUGCAGACUUAAGGAGCAGGAAGUGGCGAACAAGCUUUAUUUCUCCCUUUGGUGCUAAUGUAGCAUUUGUUCUUUACAGAUGUGGGUUAGAGUACAAAAUAGGCACCUUCUUCCAAGGUCAGCCUACACCCCUCACCGAGCACUGCCAAGGAACGCUGUGUCGGUUGGAAGAGAUAAACCCGUGGCUGAGUGAGAGCUGCGAGACCUGCGACCUCAGCAAGCUGUGUAUGAUGCAUGAUGAGCUUUAAAAAGGAACUGACUAGUUUGAACGUGUGUAUAUAUAAUACAGUUUAUUAUAAUUUUUAGGUAUGAGAAUUGUGAUGACUGAUUUUUUUAAUGAUUUUUCAUUAAAAAUUUUUCUUGUUGAUUUAAAUAAUUAUUUAAACCGUCUCAUAUUUAUGAAUGAAUGAGAUGUGAGUAAUCCAGAUAUGUAGUUGAAAGUGUUAAAUUAUUUACAGAUACAGUACACCACAUAGAGCACAAAAUCCUCCAAAAGAAAAGAAUCUUUUCU